AGGGAUCCCACCCCUUCUCUGUGUUUUCACUCUGAAGCUCUACACAACUUUACACCUGAAUGAACGCCAAACCUCUGUGGAUAUAUAAAGGGAACCUUGAGCAGGAAUUUCACAGUUACAGUGCAGACGCAGAGGGAGAGGAAUUCACCAGCUCUCCAGCCAAGCCAGCCCUCUACUCACCAUGCUCCCUCCUGCCAUUCAUUGCUAUCUCAUUCUCCUUGCAUGCAUCCUCAUGAAAAGCUGUUUGGCUUUUAAAAAUGAUGCCACAGAAAUCCUUUAUUCACAUGUGGUUAAACCUGUUCCAGCACACCCCAGCAACAACAGUACGUUGAACCAAGCCAGAAACGGAGGCAGGCAUUUCAGUAACACUGGACUGGAUCGGAACACUCGGGUUCAAGUGGGAUGCAGGGAGCUACGUUCCACCAAAUACAUCUCUGACGGCCAGUGCACCAGCAUCAGCCCCCUGAAGGAGCUGGUGUGCGCCGGCGAGUGUUUGCCCCUGCCGCUGCUCCCUAACUGGAUCGGAGGAGGCUAUGGAACCAAGUACUGGAGCAGGAGGAGCCCCCAGGAGUGGAGGUGUGUCAAUGACAAAACGCGCACCCAGAGAAUCCAGCUGCAGUGCCAAGAUGGCAGCACGCGCACCUACAAGAUCACAGUGGUCACCGCCUGCAAGUGCAAGAGGUACACCCGGCAGCACAACGAGUCCAGUCACAACUUCGAGAGCCUGUCGCCUGCCAAGCCAGCCCAGCAUCACAGAGAGCGGAAAAGAGCCAGCAAAUCCAGCAAGCACAGCAUGAGUUAGAACUCAGACUCCCAUAACUGGACUGACUAGUAACCAUCUGCUUUACAGAUUUGAUUGCUUGGAAGACUCAAGCCUGCCAUUGCUAUUUUCUCACUUGAAAGUAUAUGCUUUCCGCUUUGAUUAAACCCAACAAGCUGUCCUAAGUAUCAGGACCUUCUUUGGGAAUCGCUUUUUUUUUUUCCUUUUCAAGUUUUUCAAGAUGUAUGUAUAUCCAUGAAUGCGAUUUGCAUUUAAAUUUCAAGCAUCCUGUAGUUUUAAUUCCCUGUCGUUCUUAAAAGAUUGUUGAUACUAUAUACAUCACUGAGUCAUUACAUUUUAAAACAGAAAAGGGUCUCUCGGUUACCCCCCAUCCCCCAGCCUAUCCCCGCCCCCAAACAAAAACCCCUUCAAACAAAAGUUAAAAAAAAAAAAAAUGUUGCCAUGAAUCUUCACAGUAACAUUUCGGAAAGGUGCUUUUUUGGUCAUCUUCAUGGGAGCGGUUCAGCAGCCAUGAGUGAUCUUCUUUUAAAAGACUCUGUGACAUUUCACAUCAAAAAUAAGCCCUGUAGCUUUUUACAGUCGCCUAGUAUGAAAUUAUACCCUGCAUGCUGACCCUUGCUUGGAAUGGAAUGUCAGAAAUGCAUGGCAAGCUAAUAAGUAAAGCUGAUUAACUAUUUAUUUGUCAAUGUUAUUAUUUAAUGAGCUUCCACAUGUGAUUUUUUUUCAAAAUGUUAAUUUUGUAUGUUUUGAAGCUUUUUCAUGUACCUAAAUAUUUUCAGACAUGAUUUGUGGUUGAUCUAGAAAUAUGAAAAUACAUGUAGAUAUGUAAAAUAAAUAAUUUAGUCUCCUUAUUGCAUAUAUGUUUCAUCAUGAACUUUAUCAGUAGUAUGGAUCUUUUAAAAUCAGUAAGAUGCUUAGUAAAGCCAAAGUAUGUAAUACUUUCUUGUUUAAUCUGUGCAAUCAGAAGGGGUCUUGACCUUCAAUUCCAUUGGUUUCUUUUAACAAAAAUAAACACUGCUAAAAGUUUUUGUGUUUGCCUCUAACAUGUAUUAAAAAGGUACAUGUUUACAAAAGUUGUAGAAUAAAUGUAUGAG